AAAUCCUAAGUGAACCGGUGCAACCCCGUCCGUCCCCGAGUUGUGAUCGUGAUUACUGUUCGUGCCAACAAAAACGACAACCUCUGUUGGGAGUGGGAUCAAUGGCUCUCACAAUCUCGCCCCAACCCCCUCCGCACUCUCUCUCUGUCCCGACCAAAGCCAAUGUUGCCGACUCUUAUCACAGUCCCCAUCACCAUCGCGGUCGUCUUCUUCAGUUGGUAAACGACUGCUCAGACAUAAUUCAUCUCAAGCAAAUCCACGCUCAAGCUCUGCGCACCACCAUGACGACCGACGACCCGCAGACCCACUUCCUCCACAGCAGAAUCCUCCACGUCUCGUCCUCGCUGAGCAUCGACUACGCUUAUCAGGUGUUCCGACAAGUCGAGAACCCGAAUGCGUUCAUGUGGAACGCUCUCAUAAGGGCCUGCGCCCGAAGCAGUGACCACAAGGAGGAGGCCAUCUCGCUGCUUCGUGGGAUGUUGGAAGACGGAAGUGUUUCCCCGGAUAAGUACACGUUCCCGUUCGCCCUCAAGGCGUGCGCGUAUUUGUUCGCUCUGUCUGAAGGGAAACAAGUGCACGCCCAGGUUGUGAAACAUGGUUUGGGACCCGAUGUUUAUGUUAACAACAGUUUGGUCCAUUGGUACGCCUCCUGCGGCGUCUUGGACGAUGCGAAGAAGGUGUUCGACAAAAUGCCUGAGAGGAGUGCGGUUUCGUGGAAUGCCAUGAUCGAUGCCUUGGUAAGGUUUGGCGAGUUCAAUGCUGCGAUGGAAUUAUUCCAUGAGAUGCAGAAGUUGUUUGAGCCUGAUGGGUACACCAUGCAGAGCGUGUUGAGUGCUUGCGCUGGUCUGGGUUCUCUUUCUCUAGGGAUGUGGGCUCAUGCUUACAUUUUGAGGAAGUGUGAUGAGGCUGUGGUUGAUGAUGUUCUUGUCAAUUCUUCAUUGGUGGACAUGUAUUGCAGGUGCGGCUCAUUGGGGAUGGCUGAGCAGAUUUUUCAGAGGAUGGAAAAGCACAACGUGAAUUCUUGGAAUUCCAUGAUUUUAGGAUUUGCUAUGCAUGGACAAGCCGAAACAGCAUUGGAUUACUUUGUCCAGAUGGUUAUGAAAGAAAAAGUAAUGCCGAAUUCUGUAACGUUUGUUGGUGUUCUGAGUGCUUGUAAUCACAAAGGAAUGGUUGAUGAAGGCAGUAGCUACUUUGAUAAGAUGAUAAAUGAGUAUAGUAUUGAACCGCAAUUAGAGCACUAUGGAUGCUUGGUUGAUCUUCUUGCUCGUGCUGGGCUUAUUGAUGAAGCACUAGAUCUUGUAUCUAAUAUGCCAUUUAAGCCAGACGCGGUAAUAUGGAGGAGUAUUCUGGAUGCGUGUAGUAAGAAAAAUGCAGGAAUUGAGCUGAGUGAAGAGGUGGCUAUGCAGAUCCUCGCAUCUGGAGGGGAUUCUUGUAGUGGUGCUUAUGUGCUUUUAUCUAGGGUUUAUGCAAUGGCUAGGAGGUGGGACGAUGUUGCGCUGAUUAGAAAAUUAAUGACCGAUAGAGGUGUAACAAAAGAGCCAGGUUGCAGUUUACUGGAAAUAGAUGGUAUCUCCCAUGAAUUUUUUGCUGGGGACGUAACGCAUCCUCAAACUGAAGAUAUAUACGAGGCAUUGAAGGAAAUAGAAGAGAAAUUAGAGUCAGCUGGCUAUGUACCUGACAUCUCACAAGUGCCAAUGAUCGAUGUUGAGCAUAAGGAGGAGAAGGAGCAGUCUCUCAGGUUGCAUAGUGAGAGACUUGCUAUUGCAUUUGGAUUAUUAAACAGGAAACAGGGCACUCCUAUUCGUGUAUUUAAAAAUCUUCGAGUGUGCAAUGACUGUCACAAGGUCACCAAAUUAAUCUCCAGGAUCUUUAAUGUGGAGAUUAUUGUGAGAGAUCGUGCACGAUUUCAUCACUUCAAGGAUGGCCUCUGUUCUUGCAUGGACUAUUGGUGAUGAUCUGGCAACAUGUUCUUCUCAACUGAUAAUCUGGUGCUGGACUUCCGAUAUUGCAGUGAAAGAGGGUGGAAACCACCUGUUUGUAACCAAAGACUACCUCGAGAGAGUGGGUUUAUUUGUUGCAAUUCAUCUCGAGUCCAAUUGGAUAGGAACUGUACAUAAGCUUUCGGCUUAGUUACAUGGCACGAGUUCCAUCUCUAUUAUGACCACCUUAUCUUAAUCUACAUCACAGCCUCUACGCAGAUGCAGCAUCACUCAAGUCUUUUGAAGGUGCGUGCUAUAUUUCACUAUUCGAUUCUCCUGUUCAGGUACGUGAAUUUGUUAUAGCAUGCAAUUAUACUAGAUUCUGUGUUCUAGCACAAGGCACUGACAUUGUUUCUCCGUGACUUCAGCGUCCAUGACCAUUUUUUUUUAAAGUAUGAAUUGAGUCAUAUAGUGGUGCAUAUUUAACUGUUAAUUAAAACUGGAUUAUCUGAUGUUGCCCUGGAGUUUUAGGGACAGACAUAUUGCUGUUCUUCUAAUGCGGAGCCCUAUGUCUCUGUAGUGCCCUCGAUCUUCAUGCACGAAAAUCUAGUUAAGGCCCUUUCUCCAGUUCAGAAUUGCCCUUAAAUUUCUUAAUAAGCAGCGAAGUUAGACAAAUUAGCAACAUAAAGGGGAAAAUUUUAUAGUGCUUCUGAAGCUUUGAAUUUGUAAACUUUCUGCUUUGAUAUGCAUAUUAGCAUUCCAAGAUGCCUGCUUGCUUUAGAAGGCUGUUUUAAUCAAGAUGAAAUGUUGCUUGACUAGUAUAGAAGAAUAUACAGAAC